AAGCGCGCGCUGCUUUAAGGUGCCGGCGGCGCUGCGCGCCGCCAGUCUCUUCGGCGGGACUGGAACUGAAACACCCCUGGGCUCGUCCCUCUUCCUCUCUCGCACGCGCGCACUGGCACACACUCGCACUCGCACACACAUAGAGACGCGCGCACGCACGCGCACACUGACUCUCGGCUCUCCCGCUCCUCCGUCUUUUUUCCUCGGCGCUUUGAAGAGUUCACACCCCGGGACGAGAGAGUGUGUGUCCGCUGCCCGAUGAACACGCAGUGAAGGAGAUGCGCGCGAGAAGCGGCUUCCUGCUCAACAUGUUGGCCGCGCUGCUGCUCCUCUGCUGCUGGGGGACCGAGAUCCGUGUCCGAGGAUCUGACUUAGAUGCUGUCAACCAGGCACAUGGAGUCAGAAGUUCAGGAGUGGGUUCCUUUACCAGCCAGGGCACGGACAGUGGUCCCCACUCCAUCACCACUGGCCCUACGGCUGGCAUCCCCAACCACCCAUCCUUACUGAAGAGCUUCCUGCUUCAUGAAGCUCUGCUCACCAAGGAUUUCCGUGGGGAUCAGCAGUUCUUCGCAGAAUCGGACAGGAGCCCUGCUUCCACCCACCUAGUGCCUCAUGAGGACGCACCUGCUUUCUCCGACAUCGCAGCCACAACUGUCACCAUGGCAGCCACAUCUCCCAUGACCACCACCCCGACUGCUGCCCCAUAUCCACCAAUUUUGCAGGGAAGGUCAGAGGUCAAGGGAAAGUCCUCAGCAGUGGCUAAGAUACUGGUGACUGCAGACUCCCUGACCACUCCUGUCACACACCCCCCAUCCUCCACAGCCCUAAGGGACAAGGCCCACGGAUGGGAACUUGUUUCCCCAACAAUCAGCCCAGUGUCCCCUGCCCUCACCACUCCAGUGGGCACUGUGACAAAUGAGGUCACAACGAUGAAUAAGGUCAUGGUAAAGUCAACGAUACAGCCCUUGCAAGACUCCGACAUGAAGAACAGCACAGCAUCCAUUGGUACGACCUCCAUCACCACUACUACAGUGCCUUGCGGCAUGAACCUCACAGCAGCAGAAGGCUACAUCAAGGCGUCCCUGAGUGACUCAGCCAUGGAUUGCAUGUACUCCAUCACUGUGUACCUGGGCUAUGGAGUUGAAGUGCAGGUUCUGGAAGUGAGACUGCCGGCAGGCGAAGCAGUGACCCUGGAAGACCUGGGCGCUCCAGAGCCAUCGUUACUGGCCAACGAGUCAAUCCUGGUUCCCGGGCUAGUGGUCCGCAGUUGGAGCAACCAGAUUGCCAUCCGCUUGCGGAGAGCAGGGACGCAACAGCAGCAACCCGGCUCCUUCCUGAUGCGCUACCAAGCUUUUGUGCUGAGCUGCCCCUUCCCCCAGAGGCCGGCCCAGGGGGACGUGUCAGUCACCAGCCUCCAUGCCGGAGGAGAAGCCUACUUCUACUGCUUCACAGGCUACCAGCUGCAGGGCCCUCCCACCCUCACCUGCCGCAAUGCCACCACUCCAUACUGGAGUGGCAAGGAGCCCCGAUGCGUGGCCUUCUGUGGGGGAAUGAUCCGGAAUAUCACAGUUGGCCGCAUCACCUCACCUGGUUUCCCCAGCAACUACAGCAACAACUUGACCUGCCACUGGGUGCUGGAGGCCCCUGAGGGCCAACGAAUACAUGUUCAUUUUGAGAAGGUAGCCCUAGCCGAGGACGACGACAGGCUUCUGAUAAAGAACGGGAACAACAUUGACUCCCCGCCGCUCUAUGACUCAUAUGAGGUGGAGUACCUGCCUAACGAAGGUGUUGUCAGCUCGUCCCGUUACCUCUUCAUUGACUUCAGCACUGAUGCUUUGGGAACAUCCAUCGGGGCUGCCCUCCGGUACGAAGCUUUUGGGAAGGGGAGUUGCUACGAACCCUUCAUCAAGUAUGGGAACUACACAAGCAGCGAUGUGACCUACGCCGUGGGCACCAUUGUGGAGUUCUCCUGCGAGCCCGGCUACACCCUGGAGCAAGGCUCCGUCACCAUCGAGUGCGUGGACCCCAGCGGGCCGCAAUGGAACGAGACGGAACCUGCCUGCCGAGCUGUCUGCAGCGGUGAAGUCACAGACUCCGCCGGUGUCAUCCUGUCCCCCAACUGGCCCGAGGCCUAUGACAAGGGUCAGGACUGCAUCUGGGGCAUUCACGUGGAGGAGGACAAACGAAUCAUGCUGGACGUCCAAGUCCUACAUUUGGGCCCGAAGGACCAGCUGACCUUCUACGAUGGUGAUGACCUGACGGCCAACAUCCUGGCACAGUACAGCGGCAUGCGGCCACACUUCCGCCUCUACACCUCCACGGCCGACGUGACGCUGCAGUUCCAGUCGGACCCUGCCAGCGACAUCUUUGGCUACAACAACGGCUUCGUUGUGCACUUCUUUGAGGUCCCCCGGAACGACACGUGUCCCGAGCUGCCAGAGAUCGCCAGCGGCUGGAAGAGCACGUCGCACCCCGAGCUCGUACACGGCACGGUGGUGACCUACCAGUGCUACCCCGGGUUCGAGCUGCGGGGGGGUGCUGAGAUUCUCAUGUGUCAGUGGGACCUGACGUGGAGUGGUGAUGUCCCCACCUGUGAGAGAGUGACUUGGUGCACAGACCCUGGGACAGUGGAGCACAGCCGCAGGGUGCUGUCAGGGUCUCGCUUUGCCGUGGGGACCACGGUGCAGUACAUCUGCGACAAGGGCUACUCGCUGUCCGGCGCUGGCCUGCUCACCUGCCACAGCCGCGAUGCUGCCGGCCCCAAGUGGAGCGAGCGACCUCCCAAAUGUCUCCCUGAGGCCUACGAGCCCUGCAGGGAUCCUGGUCCUCCUCCAUUCAGCAUCCAGAGCUCAGAGAAGCGUUUCUACCAGGCGGGGGAGACACUGCGCUACAGCUGCCUGUCUGGAUACCAGCUCCUUGGGGACGCGUCCAUCCGCUGUGUCCCUGGACACCCGUCCCAGUGGAGCAGCCCACCCCCUGCUUGCAGAGCAUUCUCUGGGGAUUAUUCCAGUGAGCGCAGGCUGGAUGUGUCCAGCGCUGAUGCCAGCUUGGAGUGGACAAACAUAACGAUCACGGUCUUGGUUCCAGUCGUUGUCAUCUUGGUCAUCGUCGUUGGGCUGUACCUGUGGUUCUCAAAGGUUCAAGGCAAGUCUCUCCGGCUUUCCGUGUCCACGACGCCACCUUACGAUAACAUGACAGAGUCUGCCUUUGACAACCCCAUCUACGAGACUGGGGACGAGGUGAGCUUCCAGAGUGACGAUGAGUACCUUCAAUAGGUCACACCCCUAGGACGUACGACACCCACUUUCCUCCCCUCCUCCCACACUCCCCCCUUAAACACCAGGCACCAGGACACACCCUCCAUGCUCUUGUCUCCUGAUGGGUCACAGCCAACAUCAUCACUCUUACUGAUGUUACUGAGGUCAGGCUGCCCUUAACAAGAACCUGAACUGAACCCGGGGCUGCAAAGGCAGCGUGGGGGUGGGAUGACUGAGGGAUGCAGGGGUUUGGGGGUCAGGUCUUACAUGCAUUUCUCCUGUGGUACCUCUUUUCUGAAAGACCUCACAUAGUGCACAUAAAACCUCACUAUCAUCACACAUCUCCUGGAUCACCUACUGUAUUUAGUUUGAUGACGUUUUAAUUUUUUCUCUGUAAUUAUCGUCUGCACAAAAGAGUAUUUUUGGCACGUACAACUCCCUUUCAUGCAGCUGAUAAUGCAGCGCCCCAGCUUUGUGUGGUUGUCAGUUCGUCCAUCACCGACUGCACUACCAUGUCCGCAUCUUGUGUUUACCUUUGGAUGCGCUCAUGCACGCAUGAGAGAUGUCAACAAAUUUGUACAGAACUGCCAUUAAAGAACAUCUUUUCACUCUUGCUUUUUAUCACUUUAUUAUAAAACCGUGUUUGCAUUUCAUUUUCAACUCCUUUUUUCGCAUGGUUUCUCAUCCUAGUUUGUUUCCUAUCAAAUUUCUAAUUCCUUAUGAAAUUAACCCGGAUCUGAAAUGGCAUUAUGGGUACGAAACCAAACGGGGGAUCGCACCCAUCUAACAUAUUUGUAUCUAACGUGAAACCCGAGAACUGUGCAAAUGAAGUCAUCCUAACCCAAACCCCUAAACCUGUCUUGGCCAGCAGAACCCUUGUCCUCAGGUACCCCCAGUUCUCUUGUCCCUGGUUCGAAGUCAUGGUGUUACGGUGACAUCUGCACUUUAAUGAACAUGCAUAUCUGGCUUCCACAGGACUCCAGAGAGUAUGAGGUCUGCAUUUAGUGACCUUCCAAUGGGAGCACCUGGAUCCCUUACCUUUGCCUUUUGGGAGCGUCUUCUACACGUCUCCUGUACUUCCCUGGACUCCUCCUUCCUUCCUCCUUCCUCGCUCUGCCUCCCUGCUCCUCUUUACCAUCCCUGGCUGCUGUAAGAUAUCCUGUCCAUAGGUCAAUGCCACUGAUGCGGAAAGAACGUGGUGGACUGUGUCGUAAUGAUGGAACCAAACGUGGAAAUCAGCUGGCUGCAGUGUCUCUAUGCUUCCAGUGCUAAAAUAAGCUGAUUUAUUCCCGUGCAGAAGCAUUAUCACUGCAGAACACAAACAGUGUAUUUACCACUUUAACUAAAUGGCACAGGAUGACCCUUUAAACUGGCCUAAUCUGUACAGACCACAAAGCAGCAUGAAAGGGGGCUCCAUACCACCUUCACACUGACCCGAAAAUACGUUUUCUACCGGGACUCAGCGGGAGAGAUUUUCUGCGAUUCCUCCCAUCCUUCAGGUGGCCCCGUUCGAUGUCUACGUAAUGCACUGUGGUGCCCAAGGUUGCUUUGGAAACAUGUUAGAUGCUGAGACUGGACUUCCAUUCUCCUCAUAUGCAUCUAUUGAAAAGAAAUCCAUGUUUCCCCAAGCACAUUUCCAUCAAGUCUAUGUUCUAUGAACAUGAGCAUAGGAUGCAGCAUUGAAUGAAGACAUCAAAACACAAGACCAUUGAACAGCUGCAGAACGAAAGGUGCGGAGAUCAGUUGUGGUUUCUCUGCUCUUUUUAAUUGUCUCUGUAGUUAUCAUGAUUUUCCAUUAUUGGAGUUACCAGGCAGAAAUGAACAAAAACCCACUCUCACCUUUUGGACUUCAUGAAAUCCUUGUCAAACUCAGUUAGAGUUUCUAAGGAUCCUUCUCUGUUUAUCCUCUCUUGGUUCAACACACCUGAUCGGUAAAAGAUUAAGAAGAAGUCUAGCAUGAAGGACAGGAUUCAGCAGUUUUUGCUGAAAUAAGACUGAGUCUAAGAAGUCCAUCAUCGUGCUUCUCAUAGGGGGUGUGACUGUGAGAUUCAGUUUUGGAUGUUCUGUGGACCGCAGGGAGAUACUAAACAAGGUCCUGGGAUAAGCAGCGCGGAGACAUGCAGCCCAUCCAUAUGGUGGUCUUUAGUGUCUCUUGGGUGUGGUGACUGGGUUUGGGUUCUCAUCAUCAUCACACCUUCUUACCGUGUGGCUCUCAGCUGCCCAUCUCCCAAGUCACCCCAAGUGGAAAAGAAGAUGUGAUGUUCUAAUAAAGUAGUAUCCUUUUCUUAGUCUGUUUCAUAUACCAUCAGCUAACCAUCAAGGACAGUGAAGUGCUAUUUUUGCAAAUUUACCGUUGGAAAGACAUUUUAAAUGGUUUUCUUGGUUUAAAUUGCAGGGCAUAUAAUGCUAUAUUUACAUACUCUGUCCUUGAAUUUAUGUUGAGACCUGUACAAAAUACCAAGCCAGAGCAAGGUGAAUACACUCAGCCCUCAUAUAACAGGUCUCAUACAACAAAAACCACAACUGAUUAUGAAAAUACCUGCUUUUCAUACAAGGGGCCUAACAAUGGCAUUUUUGCCCAUUACGUUGUUUUUCUACUUCUGGAACAGGUGGAAAAGCAUUGGUACAGGAAUGCCAGUUAUCUUGCACACUUGUACAGAAAAGCUCAAUAAGGGAAACAAUUUUAAAAAG